CUAUUUCACAUCGUCUUUUCCCCACUUCCCUAAAAAACUCAACUCUCCAGUCUCUGCAAUUUUCCCCCAUGUCCCUCCGACGAUCCGCACCGUCAAUUUACCAACGCCUCCACAUCUACAACUUCUCCACAGCAUCCCAUCCUUCCUCUUCGCCGCUCCCUCUGAUCAGCACCAUCUCCGGCUUUGACUCUAACCCCCAAAACUCGUAUUUGAAAUGGAUCUUGGGCAUCACGGCCGGGUCGGGCCUUGGGCUGCUGCUGUGGUCUAAUCAGGACUCGGAUUUCUUCAACAAGUCGUCGCCGGCCUUCGCUGACUGGUCAACGGGUUUGGAGAACCGGCCGACACCGCGUUCUCUGCUGCAAAAACUAUCGUUACCUGAAAUUAAGGCCAAGUUUCUCUUCGGAGAUGCCUAUAGGAGAAGGAUCUUCUUCAAUUAUGAGAAGCGUAUGAGGUUGGGGAGUCCGCCGGAGAAGGUGUUUGGGUACUUUGCAUCUGCAUGUACAUCAGAUGGCGAAUUACUUAUGAGACCAGAAGAUCUCAUGAGGGCAGUGGUUCCUGUUUUCCCACCAUCUGAAUCCAACCUUGUUAGAGACGGGUAUUUGAGAGGUGAAAGGAAUCCUGGCGAGUUGCGCUGUACACCAUCAAACUUUUUCAUGCUUUUUGAUGUAAACAGCGAUGGAUAUAUUUCCUUCAAAGAGUAUAUCUUCUUUGUAACACUGCUAAGCAUUCCAGAGUCCAGUUUCUAUGUGAUUUUCAAAAUGUUUGACACUGACGAUAGUGGAGAAAUUGACAAGGAAGAAUUUAAAAAAGUGAUGACAUUGAUGCGAGCCUGCAAUAGACAGGGUGCUCAGAAGAGGGGCGGACUUCGAAGUGGACUAAAAGUUAGGGAUUCUGUUGAAAAUGGAGGGCUUGUGGAGUUCUUUUUCGGUGAAGAUGGGAAUGCUCACCUUCAACUUGAUAAAUUUGUCCAGUUUUUGAGAGACUUAGACAAGGAAAUGCUGAGGUUGGAGUUCUCCCACUACGACUACAAACAGCGAGGAGUCAUGAUUGCAAAGGAUUUUGCAUUAUCAAUGGUUGCAUCCGCUGACAUGCGUCAUCUGAGCAGUUUGCUUGAUCGGGUUGAUGAACUGGAUGAUAAACCAGAUCUUAAAGAGGCUCACAUCUCAUUUGAGGAAUUCACAAACUUUGCAGAGCUUCGCAAAAAACUGCAGCCAUUUUCUUUGGCCCUUUUCAGCUAUGGUAAAGCAAAUGGCAGGUUAACACGAGAGGAUUUCAAGGGAGCUGCAUUUCAUGUAUGUGGCAUAGCUCUCAGUGACAAUGUGGUUGAAAUCAUCUUUCAUGUUUUCGAUGCAAAUCGAGAUGGACAUUUGAGCUUGGACGAGUUUGUUCGCGUUCUACACCAACGCCAAAGGGACAUUGCCCAGCACGUGGAGAUGGGAAUUAUAGUUCAUGACUAACUUGACCUGUUUACAUGGAUCUUCAGUUAUGAUGCUGAAUUGGUUUUGGUUGUAAAUCUGAAAAUGUAACCUGUAAGUAGUCUAGAUUAAGUUAUAGCUCUUUUAAAUGCUGUAGUCCGCGCACCUACACAUCUCCAGCUCCCUUUUUAGUGUAGAAGUCUGGAGUUUCAUUUUGUGUGGUGUGCAUGAAGAAUGUAGUUGAACUGGAGCCGUAAGGCCUUUUUUUGUUAUAAAGCUUGCUUG